CUGGAUAUCAGCUUCAGAAGAAAGUUGGACGUGUUCGCGGCCCUCAUUCAUCCGCUCGAUUAACCUCUAAUUGGCCUUCAAAGUUGGAGCCUGGGCGGCGUGUGUCAUUCAUCACAGCCCCAAGAACCCGAUUACCACUUCCCCGGACCACUGGAGAAAUAACACGUGUUUAACGCGGAGGUAGAGCACUUCAGGCAGACAUGUCAGACAGCGCGGGCUGCGAGUUUGAAAUCGACGUGGAGAGUCUGGAGGCAGAGAGCGACGAGCUUCCAGAGGACUCCUCCUGCUGCAGCCGCCCGGGCUCUGCGCCGCUAGUCGCCGCCGGCUCCGAGGACGACGCUGAGGGGGGCAAGAGCGACGGGAAGCCGGGCCCCAGCAGUCUGAGCUCGGGCGACCAGAGGAAGCUAAGCCGUACGCCGAAAUGCGCUCGCUGCCGCAACCACGGAGUGGUGUCCUGCCUGAAGGGCCACAAGCGCUUCUGCAGAUGGAGGGACUGCCAGUGCGCCAACUGCCUGCUGGUGGUGGAGAGGCAGCGGGUGAUGGCGGCGCAGGUGGCCCUGAGGAGGCAGCAGGCCACGGAGGAUAAGAAAGGGAUUUCUGGGAAACAAAUUCCAGCGGAGCGGAGGAUUUAUCAGCGACACAUUCGACCCUCUACAAUGCUCGCCAAAAGCAUCCUUGAAGGAUACCGUCCAGUGCAGGCUGAUCCAUUCUUGGCAGCCAACGCCUCCCUUCCUCCACCGCUGAGCGACCGCAUGAGGAAGAGGAGGGCCUUUGCUGACAAGGAGCUGGAGACCAUCAUGCUUGAGCGCGAAUACAAAGAGCGAGAGCUGAUGGAGAACAACCAGACCGCCCCUGCCCCGCUGCUCUUCCCCAGCGGCAUGGUCCACCGCGCCGCUGAGUACAGCUCCUACAAAACAGCCUUUCCUCCAGCAGCUCAGGGGGAGCAUCAGCCCAAAGAGCUGUGCGGCUUCCUCGGCUCCAGCUGUCUGGAUUUGCCCGUGCAGUAUCCCAGCAGCUCAGCCAACGUCGAGCUAAUCUCCUCCAACGUCAGCGUGGCCACCACCUACCGCCAUUACCCAUUGCAGCAGUCAAGAGGCAGCUUCAUGACGUGGCCCCGUGGCACAGCCAACCUAGGCGACGCUUUACUCUAUCAGCAGUGCCUGUUCAACGCCACCACAAUGCAGAACAUGAAGCCAGGCGCUGUGUGGGAGCCCAAAGUGAUGCCUGCUGAGAGCCAACUGCCAGAGCAAGAGACCGUGGCCGCUCUUGCUGCUAAACUGGAGGGAUCCCGAGCAGCUGCCCUGCAGGACUCAUCGGUCCUCCAACGGCCAGAUCCCAAACCUCCUAGUGUCUCCCAAGUUGGGCCGAAGGAGUACUCAGCCUUCUCUCCUCCAAAGAGGAGCUUCGGACACUCCUUCCCUAACAACAGUCAUUCCCACAACUCAAAGCUAAGCAAGGACAGUGCUAAGUUUUCCAUGAAACUCGACUCCUUCCACAACCUUAUCCAGCACUCACUGGCUGAGAAAAACAUCGGCGGAUCCGGGCCGGAGAUCAGAGCUCCGUACUGUAAGGAGCUGCUUGAAGAGGCAGCCCUAAAGUUCAGGGAGGUGAAUAACAAGGACAUUCAGGCUGGAAAAGCCACAAAAAGGUACGGCAAGGACUUUUCGACCAAACCUGUGGGGAACAAGAUGGCGUCUAGCGAGCCUCUUUCCUUUUCAGUGGAAGCCAUACUGAAACGACCCACAUCGGCAAUGAGCCGAGCAUUCCAUUAACUGUGAUCAGGAUCCCUUUUCUUGCACUACAAAAUGCUUUGGGCUCAAAUAAAAACACAGGCACUGCUUAAAAAAAUUAAUCUGUAUGGAAUUUGUUCUUUGUGUAAUAUGUACAGGAUAUUAUAUUUUACAUCUGCAUGUUUUAAUAACAUUAUUGUGUAGAGUAUUUAAGCAUUAUCCAAUGUUUAUUGUUUUUAAUGUCAAUAAAGUGUAUAAGACGGA